CCAUUGUCACAAUAUGAGGCAGCAGAAGUUAACGCUGACAGAACAAGUGGAAAAUACAUGCUUUGUUGGACAUUGCUGUGUGAUUGAUUUAUAGAUGUCAUUCAUGGGUGCAUUGAAGGUCUAUAUAUACACAAGACUUAAUAGGAGAGAAGUGCAGAAAGGUUUGUAGACUGAAAACAGUUGUAAUGUCCUUGUUGCCAUGUCCAGGGUGAUGCCAUGUCAGAGGCCUACACCGUUGAAGCUAUUCUGUUUGGAUUUUUAGUCCUUUUUGGCAUCUUGGGAAAUAUUUGGGUGAUUUUUGUGGUGUUUCAAUCUGCCAUCAAUAGUCCAACCCACCGACUCUCAUCCUCUGAUACCAUUUUGGUCCAUCUAUCAGUGGCCAACCUGCUGACCUCUUUGUUCAGGACCGUUCCUAUUUUUGUGUCUGACCUUGGCCUGGAGGUAUCACUGUCUGACGGCUGGUGCAGGGUCUUUAUGCUCUUGUGGGUUUGGUGGAGAGCUGUGGGUUGCUGGGUAACUUUGGCUCUCAGUAUCUUCCACUGCACCACUUUAAAACGUCGCCAUGUUGCUUUUGGACCUCUGGCUCAGCAGCAGGAGAGGCGGAGAGUUUGGAUAGUCCUCACUGUGGUGUGGGCCGCUAACCUUGCCUUUUCCCUUCCAGCGCUUUUCUACACCACCCAUGCCCUGGGCAACGCCACAGUAGAGCUUAUGGUCAUUAGCUGUACCACCAGACCCCUUCUGGGUUGCAUCUGGGAGUUCCCCACAGAGCAACAAGGUUCAGUUUUUGCAUCCACAUCACUCGCCCUAAAUGAAGUCUUGCCCUUAAUUUUGAUGAUUUGCACCAACCUGGCAACUUUGCACGCCCUGGCCAAACACAUAAGAAUGAUUACAGCAGGGGGAAAGGCAGGAGAGAGCCUAGGGGAGCUGAGCAAACAUGUAGCAAGUGAGCGUAAAGCAGGUCAUGUGAUUAUGUCCCUGGUGGUUCUGUUCAUUGUGUGCUGGACUUUGCAGGUGGCAGCUGUGACCUACUACAACCAUGACAGAGGGCAUCAUGCUGAGGGGCUGCUCACUGUGGCACACUUCUCAGCCUCUCUCUUUGAGGGGUUCAGCCCUCUAGUGGUGGCUCUGGGACACGGCAAACUAAGGAGGAAAAUAGUACGGAUGAUACAGCAGGGGUUGGAACUGCUGAAAUGCUCUGAAGAAACAAAGAGGCAAGAAAAUCAUGAUAAACAAAUGGUUUCAGCUGUUGAAAAAGAGGAACACAUAAUAGGUGUGAAAGAAAAGACUAAGCACUAA